AUGAGGCUCGACUGCGAUCCACUCAACAAGAUACUUUCCAUCUCCAGCCGCAUCCCCAUAUACAGACCUCAGCCUGGUCUACAACAAGAGUAUUGGUUCGCAUUCAUGACGCUAUCGCCGUCUAUUCCGCUGAGGCGGGUGUUUGCUCGAUCCACGAAAUGUCCUUUGGAUGCACGAGUUUUGCGUGUACCUGCUCCCUAUCGCCAGACUUACCUUCAACGCUAUCAUACUGGUGUCGGUGUAGCCUCUGUGACACCACGAACAUCGAAUAUCCCACGGUUUCGUAAAGCUGUUGCAUUCGGCGCAUAUGGGCUACUUUUUGCAGGUCUUGGCUUCGCGGUCGCAGCAAGCCCACUUCUGCCCGGUCUUUGGGAUGCCACACGGCACCGUUCUGACGAGGAUAGCCUACGUCGAUAUAUCCCUGAGGAUGCGGAAGCAAAGGUAGUGGAUGAUUUUAUUAAUAAUCACCCCCUGGCCGCUGAAUUGCGGAGGAAUCCGGACAUGGUCGAAUCCCGUCCACACAUGAGAUUGCCCGAUGCUCUGCGACGUCACAACCUUACCGGUGGUACUCUUCUUGGGCCUGGACGCAUUACAGUUCCUCCACUUUGCUGGACUGAAAAGGAUGGAAAGUCACUCGUGUCAAUAACUCAUUUUGGGACGGAUAUGUGCGGCCACCCGGGUAUCGUGCACGGCGGACUGCUCGCGACAAUACUUGAUGAGGGCUUGGCUCGAUGUUGUUUCGGUGCGCUUCCACACAAUGUAGGUGUUACUGCCAACCUCGAAAUCAACUAUAGAAAACCUGUACAUGCGGGCACAUACGUGGUCUUGCGCGCCCGGACGUUGAGAGUUGAAGGCCGCAAGGCUUGGGUCGAGGGCCAAUUGGAGACCUUAGCUGGCGAAGGAGAGGAGCCUGUUGUUCUAGCCCAGGCAACGGCUCUCUUUGUCUCGCCCAGAUUUGCCUCGGUUCGUAACUCUUUUUCUGAUUGCCACUCCCCCACAGUGCUGACGACAUGUUUGCAGGUUAUGGCCAAGCUCAACGCAACUUCUUGA